UGUUUCAAUAUGGAAACCGUCUUGAGUCGCAAAACAGUGUUGGCCAUCAUGCUCUCCAUUCUCAUCUUUCUAUUCUCUUCCCCCAUUGGGGUGCUCUCCCAGCGAUAUUCAACCUUUAGCUCUAUCCCGUUGCCACCGCGAGCUUCAGCUCCUGUGACCCUCGCAUUCGAUGUACCACUGGUCGGCGGGGCACUUUACGUCGGGGUCGGCGAUGGUAGAAUUCUCAAGAAGCCGGCGGGUCCAACGGCUCAGUUCUCCGUUUUUGCCACUACUUCGCCGAGAAGGAGUAAUGGGCUGUGUGAUGGUACAACUGAUCCGAAUUUGGGGCCGAUAUGCGGGAAGCCCUUCGGCCUUAGGUUCAACUAUUUAACCCGCCAACUCUACAUUGCAGAUGCUUAUUUGGGGCUCAGUGUAGUAGGGCAGGGCGGCGGCCUUGCCACCAGCCUUGCUACCGGUGCAGAUGGCGUGCCUUUCCGCUUCCUUACUAGCAUUGAUGUUAGUCAGAUUUCUGGAAUGGUUUACUUAACAGAUGCUAGUCUAACCUUCGAUCUAAGAAACAUCACAGAUCCAAAUUUUGAGAGAGACUCAACGGGUAGGCUAAUAAGCUAUAACCCAAGGACCAGAGAGUCGAAGGUGCUACUAACAGGGCUGGGCCGGCCGACCGGCGUAGCGGUCAGCCUGGACGGCUCCUUUCUACUGAUUGCAGAGUACAACAAUCGGAGAAUUCAGAGGUUCUGGCUGACGGGUCUGAGAGCCAACACGGUGGAGACCUUCCUGAACCUGCCCGGAAACCCUGUGAAUAUCAGGAUGGCGGGGUUGACUGACUUUUGGGUGGCGAUGAGGCUGACCAACCAACAGCCGCCGCUGGUAACACCUCUAGCACAAAGGAUCAACAUCUUUGGCAUGGUUUUGGCGCAAGUGAAUUUCAGUGCGCAGUAUCAGAACAUGACCGUGAGCGUUGUUAUUCAGCAAAAUGGGGCGUUAUACACCGGCUCUCGACGUGACGCAGUUAACUUCGUCGGUGUUUACAGGUGAAGGCACUGGGAAUCGCCAUUUAAAGCCCGGAGCAAGUUCCGGUAACUAAAUAUAUGGAAGUAUUUUUACGCUCUUUGUAUCAGCCAGCUCAGCUUGAGUGGUUGGCGAUCCAAUAAGACAUGCCUUGUGGCAUGCAUUUAAGAAAUAAAACUUCCCUUAAUUACAA